AUGGCACCGCAACUGUUCCCCAAGAAUCCCAGCGAGACUAUGGUAAUUCGAAAUGUCACGUCCGACGUACUCACCACGAGUCUCCCAUUUGCGCGAUUUGGGCAUCUAAAAUUUGGAGGCCGAGGGACACUAGUCAAGUUGGCAUCAGGCUCCAUUGCAGUGUUUUCCCCUGUCAGUCUCACGCCAGAGGUAAGGGCGGCGGUGAACUCUUUAGAAGGCAAUGUGAAGUACAUCGCAGCGCUGGAUCUCGAACACCACCUGCACCUCACUUCGUGGAAGAAGGCCUACCCCGAAGCUGAAAUAAUAGCCCCUGAAGGUCUCUGGGAGAAACGCCAGUCGAAUCCCGAAUUCAAGGAUACCGUGUUCCAACACGUGUUUUGCAAAGAGGACAGGGGCCGGCACAAAAUCUCCGAGGAGUUCGAUUCCGAGUUCGACACCGAAUACGUGUACGGCCAUCCGUCACGAGAGCUCGUGUUUUUCCAUAAGCGGUCGCGCACUCUCAUCGAGGCCGAUCUCCUGUUCAAUUUGCCGGCCCGGGAGCAGUAUUCUAAGUCGAACGAGAGCGCCACGGGGGGCUUAUUGACCCGGUUGAUUUGUCCCAUGUUGUCUACCACUCCGCCUGCCACCUGGCAGAAGAGAUUUGUCUGGUAUGUCCUUUCGACUGCAGAUCGACAGGCCUUCACGGAGUCAAUGCGUCGGAUUGACCGGUGGGAUUUCAAUCGGUUGAUUCCGUGUCAUGGGGAUGUAGUUGAAAGUGGCGGUAAGGCGGUGUUCCGGACGGUGAUGGAAUGGUUUUUGGAGAAUGACAAGAAAAGUACCUAA